UUGUCUUACAACGUGUUGUGUCUCCUAAACUUUUAGAUAUUUUACAUACAUUUUUGAUCUCAGAGCAACAACAUGAAGGCGUUUGUUCCUUUGAUUUGUUUACUGGCGCUAGCGGCUGCCGAAGCUCCUCUCGGCGACGGUUACGCCGCGGCUCGAUCAAGCCACGACCACAGCCAUGGUCAUUCCCACAAUUCCAACCUCGGCCGAUCUCUCUCCACCGAAUACGGAGCCCCUGGGGCCUCUACCCGGUCCCUAUCUCAGGAAUACGGGGCACCAAGCUUUCGAGCGCUUAGCCAGGAGUACGGAGCUCCAAGCGCCAGAGGCCUCAGCCAAGAGUAUGGGGCGCCAAGCGCUAGAGGUCUCUCUCAAGAGUACGGUGCCCCUAGUGCUAGGGGCCUUUCUCAGGAAUACGGAGCUCCUAGCGCUCGAGGUCUAUCACAAGAAUAUGGGGCACCAAGUGCCAGAGGGAUCUCUCAGGAAUACGGAGCCCCAAGCGCUAGAGGACUCUCGCAAGAGUAUGGCACCCCCAGCGCUAGAGGAUUGUCUCAAGAAUAUGGAGUACCAAGUGCCCGAAGCCCUUCUGAAGGGUAUGGCGCCCCCAGUGCUCGUGGCUUGUCUUCCACCUAUGGCGCGCCUUCCCAAGACUUCUCCCGCGGACUUUCCCAGGAAUACGGAGCACCUGGACUAAGAAACGCACCUUCAGACACUUACGGUGCACCUGCCUUCAGAAAUACCCCUUCUGACUCUUACGGAGCUCCCUUGACUGGUCUUCAAGAUUUCCGCUCAGCUCCUUCUGAGGAAUAUGGUGCCCCUUCUGCUAGAAGCUUCGGAUCCCCUUCUGCUAAAUACGGCGCCCCUGCUCGUAGCUCUUUCCGCAACUCUUUAUCUCAAGAAUAUGGUGCUCCGUCUACCCGAUCUGGUUUCUCUGGAAGAAGCUCUUUCAAAUCCGCGAAAGGCCGUUCCGGUUUCUCUGCCCCCUCGUCUACUUAUGGUGCUCCUAAUGCCAGGUCUUCUGACUCCUACUCCCAACAUAAGGGUGGUUCUUCGUUUGCCAGCGCGCGUCUGUCGGAUUCCUAUGGAGCGCCCGCGGCCAGGAGUCUGUCUGAUACCUAUGGAGCGCCAGCUGCCAGGAGUCUGUCAGAUUCCUAUGGAGCGCCGGCUGCCAGGAGUCUGUCUGAUACGUAUGGAGCGCCGAACAGCAGGGCUGCUGGAUUGAAGACUGGUGCUUUUGCUUCGUCUUACGCUUCUUCAAGGUCAUCCCCGUCCUCCAAAUACGGUGCUCCCUCCGCCUUCGACUCCAUGCCUUCCGAACAAUACGGCGUCCCUGAGCAAUACGACUCUCUCUCCAGCCAGGGUUACGGGUACGCCAGGGGAGCCCUCGAUGAGCUGCAGAACCAGGAGCCAGCGAACUACGACUUUGCUUACAAAGUGAACGACUUCGAAUCCGGCAGCGACUUCGGGCAUUCGGAAACCAGGCAGGAGAACCGCGCUGAAGGCAGCUACUUCGUCGUUCUACCUGAUGGCACUAAACAGGUGGUGGAAUAUGAGGCCGACGAGCGUGGUUUCAAGCCCCGCAUCUCCGUGGAGCCAGCAGAGACUGGGGGCUACGACGACAAUGCCAACAACAUCGGGCGCUCCGCUGACGGACCUUAUUAACCACCACAAAAACCAGACCAGAGUGACUCAUUGAGACAUCAACUAAUACAUUGGGAAAUCAAGUAGACCGUCAAAUUCCCAGGCAGAUAUUUUGAGAGGUGCAUGGUCUCAUUCGCUGAGUCGACGAAGCCCCUCAGGUGCGGGGCUGCUACUUUUCAACAGUUUGCCUUUGUCACUGUAUUGCUUUCGGGUAUCUGAAAAACGAACACAUCUUGACUAUCUAAGUACGAGUAUUAGUUGAAUAUGACUGCCGUCAAAAUAUUAUACAGGAACUUAAUGAUCAUAUCGAUUGCCCACAAAAUAUUAGAUCUAAAUGGUCACUUUGGCUUCGGAUCGGAAUGCGUUACCAUGGUUACUCGAAGUUCAGUUUUAAAAGUCCGUUCCAAAAUCAAAUAAGUUUAAUAAAGCAAUUCAUACCUAAUUCAUGCUGUUUAAUAAACUUAAAAUUUAAUUGUAUAGACUUUUAAAAUUGAAAUCGCUUCGGAAUGUUUUGUUUGCAAUUUUUGUUACGAAUUUUACGAACGACUAGCGAAAUACUCAUUUAUUUAUUAUUUUAUAGCAAAUAAAAAAAUGCAUAAAAAAAGUACCUCAUAGAUUGUAAGUUGCUUGUGAUGUAGUGAUAAUUUAGUGCAAAUAAAUUUAUUGACGUUA